AUGAACCGCGGCCCCAUCAUCCUCUCCAUCGACGAAGCCGAAUAUCUGCUGGACCAGGUGCCUCCGCCGGAGCCCGACGAAGACCCAAUGAUCACCAAGCUCCGGCAGAAGCUGUCCAUGCUGCUGGCCGAGCUCCGCAAAGGCGCCGAGGGCACGUCGAGCAACUGA